AUGGCGUUGUUCAGACAAGUCAUUUUGACCACGAUCAUUCUUGCCAUAUUGCUCUCCCUCUCCUCACCAGCGAUUGCUCAUAAGACCAGGAGUCGUGCUGCUCCAGUGUACUACCAUGUUGACCUCGCUGAUCUCCUGGACGUGGCUGGUCCAUUCCAGACCUUCCUGGGCUACCUGCAAAAGACCAGCGUCAUCCAAACCUUCCAGGACCAGGCGGACAACACCAAAGUUGGCAUCACCAUGUUUGUCCCCAGGGACUCGGCCUUCGCCGAACUGAAGAAGACCAGGCUCACCAAGGGCCACAUCAAGUCACUGCUCCUGUACCACGCACUCCCCAAGUUCUACACAGCCUGA